AUGGAUCACGUACCUAUUAUUUCCCCCAGUGAAUCGGAAUUCGCCAAUCCCAUUGAUUACUUGUCGGAACCAAGCAUACAGAGGUUGGGCCGCCAUUAUGGAAUGGUAAAAUUAAUACCACCUGCAAAUUUUAAACCGCCAUUUUGCAUCAAUAGGGAGACCUUCAAAUUUCACGUCAGAGUACAAAAUCUAUCGGAAUUGAAUAUUUUAAACAGAUGCCGUCUUUUCUUUAUUAAACAGUUGAACAACUACAAUAGGGCCUCCAGUGGUAAGAACAAUGCUAAUGACAAAACACUGUCGAAUCCAUAUGUUAAGCUAUCAACUGGUGAAACCGUAUACCUCUACGAUCUGUUUAUUGAAAUUUUGAAAUACUUCAACGAUGGUGAGAAUAAUAAUAGGAAAAGAUCAAGAAAUCUUCAACGAAUCAUAAACUUCCCCUCUUUGCAAGAAAUCAGCCGCGAUACUAGACUUUGGAAAAAUAUUUCUCAUAUAUUUAAGAUGGAUUACAAGAGUUUACAGGAGAUUUUUGCCAACUAUAUUGAGAAUUAUUACGAAUACCUAGCCACACAGACGAAAAAUCGUGGAUCUCAACAUCUUUCGAAAUUAUUGUACCAAGAGGAAUACCCCAAAUCUCUAUUGAGUGACGAUGACGCUAGUGGAGAAGAAGAAGAUUCUGAAGACGAAGAAGAUGAAGGUUGCGCGGUUUGCAAUCGAAAUACCAAACCAACGAAAAUGAUUCUUUGCGAUUCUUGUGAUAAACCAUUUCAUAUCUUUUGCCUUUCACCACCAUUAGAUUCGAUACCCAAAGGUGACUGGAUUUGUAACAAUUGUAUCAUUGGUAAUGGUUACUACGGCUUCAGAGAGGAGACCCGUCAUUACAGUUUAGAAGAGUUCCAAAAUUUGUGGAAUAAUAACGAAAAGAGUUUAACGACAAAUGCUGCGACUGGCGAACCCUUAUCAAUCGAACAAUUAGAAGAAAAAUUUUGGCAACAUGUGGAUGAUAUGGAAAAUUCACUAACGGUUAAGUAUGGUGCCGAUCUUCAUGGCGAAGGACCAGGCGAAAUAUCCGGGUUCCCCAGUAAAGAUUAUAAACCACCAGAAUCAAAGAUAAAAUGUAGUGAUCAAGAUUUUGAAAAUUAUACGAAUCACCCAAUGAAUCUACUCAAUUUGCCCGAUGCUAAAGGUUCUCUUUUACCAAUGUUUGAUCGUAAAAUUUCGGGUAUGACAAUCCCCUGGAUCUAUGUGGGGUCCACCUUUUCCACAUUUUGUUGGCAUUUAGAGGAUCAAUACACUUUGAGUGCUAAUUAUCAGCAUGAAGGUGCUCCUAAAGUUUGGUACAGUAUACCGGAAGGGUCUUGCGAUCGCUUUAACCAAUUAAUGAAAGAUUUGGCACCAGAUUUAUUUGAAAAACAACCAGAUCUUCUACACCAAUUAGUAACACUGAUAUCACCUUAUGAUGAGAAAUUUAAGAAGGCUGGCAUUAAAUGCUUUAAAGCUGUACAACAACCAAACGAAUACAUCAUUACCUUCCCCAAAUGUUACCACGCAGGCUUCAAUAGCGGUUACAAUUUUAACGAAGCUGUAAAUUUUACUCUAGACUCCUGGGUCCCCUAUGGUGUGGAAGCUGUGGCCGAUUACAGAUCAACAGGAAAACAUUGCGUUUUUGACAUGUUUGAAUUAAUGUUGAACGUAGUAAUUGAAUCAGUACAUCAAAGCUCCAAAUUUCAAAGGUCCUUGGUAGAAAAUUGUUUCCGUGAAGUUCGUCAAAUCUUAAACUCAAACGUGAAAACUAUUGAGCAGCUACUAUCAAGUGUUCUUAGGAAAAAAUUUGUAUUGGGCAGAACCGUUAGGGAUGAAUUUGCUCACAGGCGUAAGGGAAAUUUAGUGACUCAAGAUAGUCAGUACUCUCAGGAACAACAGCAAAGAGGCUCUGACGAUGAUGAGGAUUUUGAUGUCUUUUGCACAAAAUGUAAAACAAUAUGCAGUUUGGCAUUUGUUUUACAUUAUAAAAAUGGAUCAAAUCGCAAGAGAAGAAAGAUCCAAUCAAUGACACCAACACAGCUAAACGAAUUAGCCAACAAUAACAACGGAGAACUGGAAAUUUUAUGCCUUGACGAUUAUGUUAAAUUAGUGUACGAUUCCGAUAUCGAUGAUCAAAGAACUUUGGUUAAAGGUGACGAUGAAGACAUAGAUCCAUUUGAAAAUGAUGAGUUAAAUUAUGUGCGGGAUCCUGAUGAGCUUUAUCAUAUCCUAAACAUGGCAGGAAAGGCAUUAUUAGGUUGGACUUAA